UGGUAUCCAUAUACAGGAGCAGACACUGCGCUUGUCUUGCACAUGAUGACUGGCACCAAAACUCCCAAGUGAAACUGUUUUCCAUUCACCCCUUCAGGAGAAAGGAUAAAAACAUGAGUGAAUAGAGGCUUGAAGGAGGAGGAAGAGAAGGAAGUAUCUUUUGUCUCUAAUUAUCCUGCGUUUGUUCAUCUGACAGAAGGAACCCUUCUAAUGACUAUGCUUGCCACUGGUGCAAGUCGAGAUGUCUGCCUGCCUGCCUGCCUGCCUGUUUCUCCACUUGCCAGCCACUUAUUUAUUAAUUCCCUGGUGUGUAUGUGUCUCUGUAUGCAUGCCGUCUUAUCCAGGAGGCCCUCUGCCAAGACACUUGUCCAUGCCUGGAAGGGUUAAACUCAGCAGGUAGUGGGUGGUGCUGAGAGGUGGGGCUGGGAUCUAUCCCUGGCUCCUUCCCUGCUGUCAGGGCUUGAACCAGUCACUCCUGGAGUAGCUCUUCUUGCAAAUACUUGCCUAACUUGCCUCUGACACACUCCCUCUCUCAGUGCUCCGCCGGGCACUGCCUUCCCAUCAUCGGAUUCUGGAUUUAGCCUUUGGAGCUUUGGACAAAAGUUGCCUGGCAAGCCAAUGUGGAAACAUCUAUUGGAGGAUCGCUGCUCUCAUCAGCAAAGCUAAACAAGUGUGUCUGAGAACCCACCCACCACGCGAGUUCUGCAAUGCUCACAGCCGUCUGUGGUUCUCUUGGCAACCAGUGCUCAGAAACACCCUGCUCCUCUCCAACUCACCUGGAACUGCAACCCCUGCAGAACUACCAGCCCCACACCAGCCCAGAGAGCGGGGGAGAUUUCCCAUCCCCUCUCCAGCCUACAGAACUCCAGCAUCUGCCUUUGCCUGGGCCCGACACAGAGUAUUCAUCCAACUCUGGUUACGAGCUGCAUGGGUCUUCGCGGUUAGACCUGGACUGCGAAAGCCAGCUGCCUCCUGGCUCCUACUCUAAGCUCCUACAGGCAGCACCCGAUAUGGCUCAUCACUAUGAACCUUGGUUCAGGCCAACACAUUCCAGCAAUGCUACUGAUGAUGGUAGUGUUAAUCCGUGGUGGGAUCUCCAUGCUGGUUCCAGCUGGAUGGAUCUUCAAAGUGGUCUCCAACCUGCAGGCCACACAAGUGGACUUCAGCCAGCACUGGGUGGCUAUGGCUCUGCAGAACACCAACUCUGUGGGCCUCCUCAUCACUUGUUGCCUUCAGCAUCCCAUCUCAUGGGCCAGGAAGUGAUUAAGUCUCUUGAUUCUACUCAGGAGCCUCACCCAAUGGAGCAGGCUGGAGAAGGUAAUGGUAGGCCAAAAAGCUCAAGGCGCUCAGUGACCCGGAGCUCUGGCCAGACUGCCUGCCGGUGCCCCAACUGCCAGGAGGCUGAAAGAAUAGGCCAGUGCCCUGACAACUCAAAGAAGAAGCACCUUCACAACUGCCAUAUCCCUGGUUGUGGAAAGGCCUAUGCAAAAACCUCCCACCUGAAGGCCCACCUGCGGUGGCACAGUGGUGAUCGUCCCUUCGUCUGCAACUGGCUGUUCUGUGGAAAGCGAUUCACCCGCUCCGAUGAAUUACAGAGGCACCUUCAAACCCACACAGGAACCAAGAAAUUCACCUGCCCAGUUUGCAGCCGGGUCUUCAUGAGAAGUGACCACCUCAGCAAGCACAUGAAGACACAUGAAGGUGCCAAGGAGGAAGCAGAUGGAGAAACAAAAGCUGGGACAGAACCUGCUGCCAAGGUCAAACGGGAGCCUGAUGGAAGCUCUUCAAGCACUGCUUCCCAACCCAACUGAGCCUUCCUUUUUCAUCAAGGAUGUCCCCUCCCUAUCUCUUCGUAAUGGCCACUCCUGGACUACUGACUCGUCUUCUUUGUUCAAGGCUCUGGGAUUACUGCACUCUCUGAGCCAGAACAUUAUUCUGUCUUCAGAGUGAGAGGUUAUUUAUUCUGUUGGAGGAAAGGACAAUAUUGUUGGGACAUGUUGGGGAAGGGCCGUGCCCUUGAGCAGUUUUGGGGUGGGUCUUCACAUUGAGUGUUUGUUUGGGAAGUAUGGGAGGAGUGCUUUCAAAGGUUGGUUUCUGAGGUGGAUGGGCUGAACGGGCAGUUACCGAUGGAGGAACGUGGAACUAACUUGUUUCCACCUUGAGAUUGCUAUAUCCAGAGACCACAGCUGUGUGUUAACAGUUUAGAGGUGGACCUGAUUCUUUAGUUUAACCUUGUAGAAAUUUAGGGGUUUUGGUAUAACCAUCCUAUGGUCAGCUCCUACCCAACAAGUCUGUAGUUUAGUAAGCAAUAUGGCUAGUCCCCCGUUUGGUAGGCCAAAGGGCUAUCGUAUUUCCCUUUUACUAGUCAGAUGUCUUUGCAUUGGUCAGAUAGACAGAAUUGGUGGUUUGUGUCCUGAGCUGCUACAUGUUCUAAUCUCAAAGUAUCUGACAGCCUAGACUUCAUUCUUAACUAUAGUGUUUUCAUAAGCAGCUCUAAAAUUCUCAUUUAAUUUUCCAGAUGGUAGUUUGUGGCCUCUGUGGAUCACUGUAAUAUGGGAUAUUAUGUGCUACAGAGUGAUUUUAUUAUUUCUUGAGAAACCAGCUAGAAUGUGGUUUAUACAGGCCACUCAGUCCUAGGUGCAUUAGUUAACUCACCUGUGAAAAGAUAAGCAACCCCAAACUGUGGUUGUGCCACUGCACAAAAUAUCUCCCAAAAAAACUGGCAAUUCCUGAUCUUAAAUCAAACAAUCAAAACCCUUACAAAAUAGAAAUAGAGAAAUACAUCUCUGAUACGACUUUUUAGAAAGCCUUGCAGGACAUUGACAAAGGAGUUUUCCAUAUUAUUUGUAAAAACACCUUUAGAAAAUGCAAAAUCAAAAUAAAAUAAAAGGAAACAUAUAUUGCUACCAACCAGGCAGUUCAUGUAAAAUGGCUGUCCCUUAUUCCUUUAUUUUAGGAGUCUGGAUGACUUUGACUACGUCUGGAUAUCAUAACAGACCAUGGCUUGUUGGAAUCUGGCUUAUUGUAAUAUAUGAAUCUGCCUCUGAUAAUAAGUCAAAGUUUGUUAACCAGCACAGAACACAAUUUAAACCCAUGGUUUCUGAUUGGCUAAUGAACUCUGACUUGUCUUGAUGUUUUUUCCUCUGGUUUCUUUCUUUGGCUUCCCAUUGUAGCAAAAUAAAUGGGAGAGAAACAGACUAAAACACAUCAGGAUUGCAGGAAGCUAGGUAUGGUUUGUUUGAGGAUUUAUUGUGCAGUUCGCCAAGCAAUGCAGACUGUGGCUCAACCUGAUACGCAAAUGCAGACAUUGUCAUUUAUUUGUGAUCCUCCCAUGAUUUCACAGAGUAUCUUCCAUUUUUUUUCUUAUCACAGACUGACAUUUUUAAGAAGGCUAGAAGAGCAUUUAGUUCACACAACAUAGAAGGAUAAACUAGUAUUUCAUCAUUUUCAUUUUUCAAAAGAAUUUGGGUUUCAGCGUGAACAUUAAUCUAUUGCUUAUGUGAAUUUGUCAUGUCUUAGUGUACAUUCAGUACAAUGUUUGUAUGUAGGCACCAUUUUAACCAUGUUAAUGUUUUCAGUCAACCUUUAAUUGGGGCUACAACAAUUUCCCUGUUUAUAGAAGGAAAGUGUAAACCAGUCACUACUGUAUUAGCAAUAUUUUAUCCUAUCCUCCCUUCUAUUUUUUAAAAUACAUUGAAAUUUAAUGAAUGAUACAUUUUAAUAAUAGCAAAAUGUAUUUUUAAUAAAUUUAUUUAAAAUAAUUGAAUGCAAUAUAAAUUAGAUAAUAUAUUGUAAAUUUAUUGUAAAUAGGCCACAAGCCCUAUUUUAACCAAUAAGGUUUUAAAAACACACACUCUACUUUUGCACAAUUUUACCCCUAAUGAAACACUUUGACAACACAUUGAAACACUUCAGGCUUACAGUUUCAAUCCAAGACCAAUAUGGAAGACUUUGUUCCAUUUGCUUUUUAAAAAUUAAUGGGCAGCAGUGCCUAAUCUUUAAAUUAUUAAGGUUUUAGUGAUAAAUAAAUAAUUGAUUCAUGUUUUGCUGUUUCCCCCAUGCCUGUCAAGGGGAAUUCAGAACAUGGAAAAAUUAUUGUUUCAAGUGAAAGUUCCCAGACUCCUUCAGUCAAACUUCAGCCACUGCUUGGGCUGAAUUGGAUCUUCUCGAUGCAUAGUUUCUAUGUCACAUCACCUUGUACAGAUGGGACAUGGUAAGAUAAACAUACAAUAAAAGUGCAAAGGAGCAUGAAAACUAGUGAUUAAUUAGCACUGGCCUCCAUCUGUGUUGCCUUAUAAUGCAGUUUUAGCCUGCUUCAUAUGGUGGUGCAGAUGGGUCUACAGUUCAGUGCAGUUUCAAACUGCAUUAUAUGGCAGUAUAGAUGAGGCCACUGUGAACACUUCGUCUCAAAAGCAUUCUCCAGGCGGAAUUAUUUUGCUGGAGCUGUGUUUCGGUUCUGUUCAACAGCUAUUUGUAAGAGAUGCCAAAUCAUAAACAAGAGUUCCUAAACCUGUUUGCUAUUAGAAUACAGGAACCAUUAUCGCACGAUCUAGCCAUCCCAAUAAGCUUCCUACAGGAUUUUCUCAAGGUGGGUGGUGGGAAGGCUGUUUUUCUUCAGAGAACUUUGCUUGGAUUUUUUUAACCUAUCUCACAAACCCUUAUGUUAAUAUUUUCCAUUUGAACGUUCAAGUUGCUGAUAUGAAGGACAGAAUAAACCAUUAGAGAUUUAAAAAAAUAUGUAUUUGGAAAUCCGGGAUGGGAGGGAAUGAAAAUAAACAUAUUCUUUUCUCACAGUUAACAUCCUCCUAUGUUAAUUUCCCAGUCAGUUCCUUACAACUGAAAAUUUUGUCUGUCUCUGCAUGAGAAUGAGAAAAUCUAAUUAUUUCUUAGUGCAAGGGGGUAGAACAAAGUUUGAUACUGGUAAUGAAGUAGAUAAUAGCAAGUUAUUUUUCAGACUCUACACUCACUUACUGUUUGCUCCUUUACCAGAUCUCAUUUCUUACAUUUGUUCUACCUUAAGCAUAUAGUACAGUGGUUCUCAACCUGUGGGUUCCCAGGUGUUUUGGCCUACAACUCCCAGAAAUCCCAGCCAGUUUACCAUCUGUUAGGAUUUCUGGGAGUUGAAGACCAAAACAUCUGGGCACUCACAGGUUGAAAACCACUGAUACAGUCUGACCCCCAUAUCGACAGGACCAGGACUGUCCAAUAGAACAUGUCCUCUCUAGAAACUUUAUGGUCCGUGUUAUUAUAUGCCAUUUUUUCGACCAAAAGUCUUUCAUUUCAGUAGAGUUGACUAUGAUCCACAAUUUUGCAUAUCCAUGUGAAGUCCAGGACUGUAUCUACUGCAGAAAUGGGAGUUGUACUGUAUAUGGGAAUGAACAAUUAAAGAUGGGAUUCUGUUGUCUAGAAUGCCACGUUAUAUUAUUGCUGGCAGCCCUUGAACCGAAUGUGUCUUCAGGGGAUUGCCUUGCUGUUCUGUCUGUUUUGUCUCAGUAAACCUAAUCUGGUUGGUGGAAAUUCCCUCUUUGGCUGGUAGAGAGGAGGAAACACUUUUUCUCCCCAAACCCCUACUAUCUAGUGUGCUCCUGACUUGUCUGCUGCUGGUCCUGCCAUUGGGGAGAGUACCUCUGAUCACUCCAAUUACUAGAAUCUGCUCAAAGUUCCUGUUUGAGUUGUUGAUCAAACUGGUAAAUACAGAAGUGGGUGAGCUUUAUAUGUGCUAUUCAGUAUGAAUUUUGGUUUUUCAAAAAUAAAAUUUCCAGCCCUCA